CCCAAGUAGCCGGCGUCUUGUACGAUUCGAAAUACCUGAGAUAUCGAGCUAUAUCCGUCGAUACAUAUCCGUUUCUCUCAGGCGCCGAUCGCGGAAAUAAGAAAAGAAAAAGAACUCUCUUUCUCUGUCGAGCAUUUUUUUGACCGGUGGCCCCCGGAGGUGGGAGAAACGCGCUCUGUAGGACGGAGCGCACCGGACAAGAAAGAAGUCACAAGUGCCAAGUGUGUGUGCCAAUAGGAUUAUAUCCCGACCUAUACUUCCGCUGCGUCACGAGGAGGAAAAGAGAGAGAGAACACGAUGGAGAGGACGAGGCGGAAUAUACGGAAGACGUUUUUGUUAUUGCUACCCUUGCUCUUGGCCGGUGCGCGGAGUGAAGCACCGUUGGUCGACAGCAGCGCACUGCCUCUGGAGCACAGAUCGGUUUACGGGGCCCCGUCUCAAUAUGGUCCGCCGGUCGCGCACGAAGAAAACUGGCCGUUGGCGUCGCCCGACACUCCGCAGAUCAAGCAUCUGCAGGUGCAGUGCGAGAAGACGCAUAUGCGGGUGAACAUCGAGUUUGAUCGGCCGUUCUACGGUAUGAUCUUCAGCAAGGGCUUCUACUCGGAUCAGCACUGCGUGCAUCUGAAGCCGGGAACCGGUCAUCUGAGCGCGACCUUCGAAAUUUACCUCAACUCGUGCGGCAUGAGCUCGUCGGCGAAUCACAACGUGGCGGCAUACGGCGCCCCCACACCGUCCGGCAGCUACGUGGAGAACACGAUAAUCGUGCAAUACGAUCCCUACGUGCAGGAAGUGUGGGAUCAGGCGAGGAAGCUGCGAUGCACCUGGUACGACUAUUACGAGAAAGCGGUCACCUUCAGGCCGUUCCAGGUCGACAUGCUGCACGCCGUUACCGCUAACUUCCUCGGCGACAACCUGCAGUGUUGGAUGCAGAUACAGGUGGGCCGGGGUCCGUGGGCCAGCGAGGUGUCCGGCAUCGUGAAGAUCGGACAGACAAUGACAAUGGUGCUGGCUAUCAAGGACGACGAGAACAAGUUCGACAUGUUGGUGAGGAACUGCGUCGCGCACGACGGCAAGAGAGCGCCGAUUCAGCUGGUCGAUCAGUACGGCUGCGUCGUCAGACCGAAAAUCAUGUCCAGGUUCCAGAAGGUCAAGAACUUCGGCCCGAGCGCGUCCGUCGUCAGCUUCGCCUACUUCCAGGCGUUCAAGUUCCCCGACAGCAUGAACGUUCAUUUCCAGUGCGUGAUUCAAGUCUGCAGGUACAACUGCCCCGAGCCUAAGUGCGGACAUCCCGGUCUCGAGUACGGGGCACCUGUUCCCGGCAUUUCGCACGAAUAUGGCGCGGCGGUCUCGCAGGGUCUCGCUUCGGAGUACGGUGCCCCGCCCGUGCCCGAAUACGGCGUGCCACCGGCUUAUCCCGAUCCGCGACAUCCAAGCGGACCGGCUGGAGCGUACAGCGAACCGAAUCCGGAUGUGGUUCCGGCGCCAUCGGCGCAAACCUCGUCCUCCUCACCGAGCUCGACGCCGGGCGACGCUACGGCGAGCAGCUCACCUCAAAGUCCCCAGGACAAUAUUCACCUUCCUCCUCCUCCUCUGCCCGGCCACCCGACGGCGUACCAGACUGUGAAGCGAAAGGGAACCGCCGGCACGGAGGAACUCGAGGGUAACUUGGCCAGCCUCGGAGGUCGACCGAGGUCAGUCGAAGGUUUCCCGGCCGAACUCAGAGGCGCAAGAAGAAAAAGGGAGUUGGAAGAUGACGAUAACAACAUAUAUCACGCGGUGACUCUGUUCUCCACUCACGUGUACAAGCGCGCCGCGCAGGAAAUGACGGACGUCAACACCUCGCGGGUUAUUCAGGUCGUCGCGCCGGGCGAUGUCAACUUCGCUCUGGGGACGACGAAUUCAAGCAACGACACCACCGUGGUCAUACAGAACAACGCGUACAGCGACACCGAAACGAUCUGCAUGAGUCUGCCGGGUUUCGUGGGCGGUCUUGUGAUGCUGCUGCUGGUCGUCGUGGUGGCGUCCCUCGUCGCGGCCUUUCUCUUCGUUAGGGUGCGCGCCGUAGACCGCAAGAACGCCGCGAUAGGCGGUAACAGUUUCGUGCAUCCGGCGUACGUGACGGACAGCUGCAACGUGCCGAAUCCAGAGUUUGUGAAGGUCGCUAACUGAAGAAGUUGUACACGGUGCGCAAAAUCAAAAGGACUCGUCGUAGGAGAAAGAGAGAAAGAGAGAGAGAGAUAGAGAAAGAGAGAAUGAGAGAGUGAGAAUGUGAGAAGCAGAAGGAAGAGAUCCUUCCUCUUCCGGGAGGGAGAUUACCGACCUCGACGACAGGCAAACGCUUCGGGACCGCACCGCGACACUAUUUCAUUCGAAACUCGAGACACGUCGGAGAUUCUCCUCGUCGAAAGUUGCACAACCGCGUUCUCUCCUCUCUCCUCCUCCGCUAUAUAUGUAGCGCGCGGCCGAUGGUAGCUUCGUGUCUAGUCUAGUUGCGCGUCAAUCGCGACAGUCGAGUCGAGUGAGACAAUUGGCUAGAUCGAUAUCAAUUAAGACAGAAGGCGCGAAUUUAAUUAAAUAGAGAAGAAGGGAGAAAGGGAGGGAGGAAAAAGAGAGAGAGAGAGGGGAAUCUUCGAGUGCGAGCAUGUAAAUAAAAAGGCCUAGGAAGGCUACGAGCUGUUUUGUUGAAACAAAGGAAAAGAAAAACCGGAGGAGGGAGGAGGAUGAAGGAGCCGCUGACGGCGCCGUGUUCCAUUGAUCGGCUCGUGAUCGAUUUAACUUUUUGUUUCGCAAAUCGACGCGAUCGAUGGAAUGCGCGUUGCUCAGCGAAAUGACGAAUAUAUAUAUAUAUAUAUAUCAUAUAUAUAUAUCAGGAAAAUCGAUUUCCGCGAUGCUUCCGUGAUGAUGACUGCGUGGUUAGUAAUCAACGUAAUUUCCAUACCUCGUGCGAUUACUCGGAAUAGUCCGCACUCGGAUAUAUCUCUCGGAAGCGAGGGAUCGAUAUCGCAACCGCCAGGAUAGUCUCUCCAGGAGGGCAUUGUAAAUAAGCCGCGCGGGUAGUCAAACGGCCCUUCAGGACCCGCUUGUCUCGCGUCUCUCCGAAAUCACUUUUGUGUGUGUGUAAUCACGCUAUUAUUUAUAUACACGCAUCUCGUACGCUACAACGAAAAGUAAACGUUUCUUUCUUCGUUCGUACCUCAUCGCGCGCAAUUCGCGGCGCAGUUCUCGCGAAGAAACGCACGCAGAGACGCUCGACGUCAUACGUCGACGUCGUUGCCGGCACUCGAUGGUACACUUCACGUUUAUUUUUUAUUUUUUUUUUUUUUCAACCUCGAGCGGUUCAACGAGGCGGCGCUCGCGUAAACACGUUUGUCCCCCGAAAUUGCGACUCGCAGAGAGUCGUCAGAAAAAAAAAAAUAUAUAUACACAUAUAAAUGGCAAUAAAAAAGUUUGUAAAAAUUCGAAGCGAAACAACCGGACGAUCGUUCACUGAGCCGCUCGAAAGAGAGAGAGAGAGAGAGAGAGAGAGAGAGAUUCAUCAAAAGCGCAUAUUCUAUUUAUUUAGUCUUUUCCUUUCUUCUUCUAACUCGAUAUUCCGAUCGAUCUAACUUAAUUUAUUGAUCAAAAUUGUACCACAUUUACCUUUUUCCUUUACUUUGACUUACUUCGCUUAGUACAUAAGAUAUCCGUCGAGGAAGAUAUUUCCAAGAGAAUUGGGAAUAUGUUUUACGUAUGUGUCUUAAACACACACACACACACACACACAUAAACACACACGUAAACACAUGACAUAGACAUGAUUUCGUACACACAUUGUACACGAGACACGUGUGACACGACACUUGCAGUGCACGUAAAUGUGUCGUGCAUACGUUACUCUAUACCUACCUACCAGUGCGAGAAAUUUGUAUUUACGAAACAUCCGUUUUACGAUAACAAGUGUUUGAGAAUUAUUUUAAUUACAUGAUCCUUUUUAUUUAUAUAAAUUUGUGCGUUCAUCUCA